CCGGUAUAUUCAGAAAUUGAAGCGAAAAAAAUAUCCCCAUCUCUCACGCACUCUCCGCUUCCCAAAUUCAAUUUUCUGAUUUUUGAAAUUCCAGCGAGGGGGAGAGACUGACAGAGAUCAAUGGAUAAUUCAAAGAUUCAAGAGAUCCUGGAGAAGCAGGUAUUGACGGUGGCGAAGGCUGUGGAGGACAAGAUCGAUGAAGAGAUUGCGGCGUUGGAUCGAAUCGACGACGACGAUCUGGAGGCUAUCAGAGAGCGGAGAUUGCAGCAGAUGAAGAAAAUGGCGGAGAAACGGAGCCGUUGGAUCGGUUUAGGCCACGGCGAAUAUUCUGAGAUUCCAGCUGAAAAGGACUUCUUUUCUAUCGUUAAAGCUAGUGAGCGAGUUGUCUGCCACUUCUACCGCGAAAACUGGCCCUGCAAGGUGAUGGACAAGCACUUGAGUGCAUUGGCAAAGCAACAUAUAGAGACCCGUUUUGUAAAAAUUCAUGCUGAGAAAAGCCCAUUCUUGGCUGAGAGGCUCAAGAUUGUUGUUCUUCCUACACUUGCCCUUAUAAAAAAUGCCAAAGUCGAUGAUUAUGUGGUUGGAUUUGAUGAGCUUGGUGGAACGGAUGAGUUUUCCACUGAAGAUUUGGAAGAUAGAUUGGCUAAAGCUCAAGUCAUCUUCUCCGAAGGUGAAUCAUCAUUGAAGCCUGGAACACAGAACAAAAGGAGUGUCCGACAAAACUAUAACCCGGACUCCUCCGACUCAGAUUAACUGCAGGUUUGUUUCAAUUCAUAAGCUUUCUAUGUAUGUUUUUCAAAUGGACGUCAGUAGGAUUCAUCAUCAUCAUUCCAUCUUUUUUAAGUAUUAAAAGCAAAUUAAGAGAGUAAUAUUUGUUGUAUGAGAUCAUUCAGUCAUUUUGAUAUAUACUUGAUCUAAUUUUGCUGUAAUUUUUAUAUAUGCCAAAAUGGUUAACUGCUACAUGAUUGUACUAUUUAUACUCUUAUCCAUUUCGCAUCGAAUCAUACACCGGGAGAGCUGAGUUAA